GUUAAAGGAGGUUUGGUUUUUCCUAUUGAUUUUGAAUUUGAAUUCAAGUUGUUGUUGUUUUUCUGAUUUUAGCAAAAAAAAAAGCUAAGAAAUUAUUGUGCAGUGAAUAAAAAAUAGUGAACGCGUUAGUGAAUUUUGAAUUUCGUGCAAUUUGACGUUUACUACAGUGAAAUCAAAUUGUCUAAUAAAAAUAGUCCUUUUUUUAGUCCUAAAACAGUAAUUUUUUUGGUAACAUUCAACAAUCUAGCAUGGAUACCAUUUGGAUAAUUGUCAUUUUUAUGGGAUUACUUCAUUUACAGCUAACAAAUGGACAAUCUGAGUUUGAUGUGCAACUUGUUAUGCAAAAAUAUGCAGAGAAAGGUUCUAGUGCCACUUUACAAUGCAAACAUAACGUAAGGCCGGACAUUCUAUUCAAGGUGACAUGGCUGAAAGUUGACACGGGGAAAUUUUUUGAAUACAUCAACGGAAGGAAUCCACCGUUUCGAAAUUCCAGUGUGGAAGGUGGUGAAAUUGACUUUGAUAACUCAAAUGAAACUCAAGUGACUUUGAAAAAACUUGACUUUGAUGCAUCUGGCCAUUAUUAUUGUGAAGUAUCAACGGACACACCUAUUUUUACUAAAGCAUCAUCCGAUGAACUUUUACAUGUUUUUAUUCCCCAGACAGGACCACCGACGAUAAAAUUUCGCAAAAGGACUCCAUUCAUUAUAGGCGAACGUAUAUUAGCGAUGUGUAAUACAACCAGAGCACGUCCCGCUCCGCACAUAACUUGGUUAAUUAAUGGCAAAAAGGUGGAUGAAAAAUAUGUUCGUACCCAUCAUGGCUAUUCGAUGAGUAACAAGAACAACCAUCGCCGAAGUCAACAACAACACCAACAGCAGCUACAACAACAAUACUAUCAACAUGAAUAUCACCAUCCUCAACAAUACCAUCUACCAGGAGUUGAUAGAUACGACAAGAGCCUGAGAAUCGCAUCGGGUGGCAGCAACUGGAGAGAAGACCUCAUUGCACAUACACUUCAUCAUAAUGGCCAACAUCAUUCUGCCAAUGUGCAUAACAAUCCAUUUGGUUCUUUGACGAGCAUCCAUAAAAUGUCUCACAAUAAUUUUGACAAUAAAUAUAUAGACACAAGGAAACACAGAAACUCAUCAAAUCGUAAAUAUCGGAGAAGCAGCGGUGCUAACCUUCUGGCUUUGAGAAGCAACAGUGGCUUGGCUGGUUCGAGUUCUGGUGCAAUGGCAAGUAUUUACAAUGCACUUGCUGGCAGUGGUGACUUUCCAUUACGUUCGACGCCAAUUCCACCAUCGGCAACACCCAGUCAAAUGGCACAGGGAAUGUUUUCCAUUAGCCAAUUGAACAUGGAAAUAACCGAACAACAUAUUGGGAGCAAUGGUCGUCUGGAAAUAACGUGUCUGGCGACAAUACCAACACAAGUUGGCCUUGGCGAACAAUAUGCUGAUUAUAAAACAUAUUCGGUUAAGGUUGAAGUGGAAAGACCCCCAGAAACUGCAUCAGCAACACCACCGCCCAACAUCGGAAUGGCCGCCCUGGGGAAUGGCUCAUUCGCCUCCAGUAUACACAUAUGGCCAGUGACAACAAUUUUAUCUUGUUUAAUCUUUUUAAGAAUUUAAAUUACUGUCAAUCAUUUUCAUUUUAUGAAAAAUCUAUUACAGAUAGAAGAGAAAGUAUAGCACGUAUAAUGUGAGCUCAAAAUGGCAACAGGCGAAUCCGGAUAGUUUAAGACGGAUGCUUGAACAUGAAACAGCCAUCAAUCUUUUUUUCUGGGAGGAUUUUCUCUUCAAUCAAGUGGGUUUGAUUCGUAAUCGGUUUUUGGCAUAGUGGUGAGGGUUAAAUCGUGUCCUAAAAGGACCAUCACGUAAAUUCACUGAAGAGAUUUUUGAACAUUAUUGGUAUUGAACGGAAAAGUAUAUCUACAUUGAUACAUUACGAGUACAUAAAGACAUGGAAUGUGAUCACUAAGGCAUUUUAAAGAA